AUGGCUUCCAGACCUGAGAACAUUGGCAUCAAGGCCAUCGAAAUCUACUUCCCCAACCAGUAUGUCGAGCAAACCGAGCUUGAGACUUUCGAUGGCGUCAGCGCCGGCAAGUACACCAUCGGCCUUGGUCAGACCAAGAUGGCCUUCUGCGACGACCGCGAGGACAUCUACUCCUUCGCUUUGACCGUCACCUCCAACCUGAUCAAGAAGUACAACAUUGACACCAACUCCAUUGGUCGCCUCGAAGUCGGCACUGAGACUCUCCUGGACAAGUCCAAGUCCGUCAAGACUGUGCUCAUGCAACUCUUCGGCGAGAACACCAACAUUGAGGGUGUCGACACUGUCAACGCCUGCUACGGAGGUACCAACGCCUUCCUUAACUCUGUCAACUGGAUCGAGUCUUCCGCCUGGGACGGCCGUGAUGCCAUUGUUGUCGCUGGUGACAUUGCCCUCUACGCCAAGGGUAACGCCCGCCCCACUGGAGGCGCUGGCGCAGUCGCCAUGCUUGUUGGCCCCAACGCUCCCGUUGUUCUGGAGCCUGGUCUGCGUGGUACCUAUAUGUCCCACGUCUACGAUUUCUACAAGCCCGACCUCACCAGCGAGUACCCCUACGUCGAUGGUCACUACUCCUUGACCUGCUACACCAAGGCUCUGGAUGCUGCCUACCGCGAGUACAACAAGCGUGAGGCCAAGCUCGCCAAGGCUGCCAACGGCCACGCCAACGGCAACGGAGCCACCAACGGAGAGUCCAAGAUCCCCAAGACCAGCCUUGACAGAUUCGACUACUUCUCCUUCCACGCCCCCAACUGCAAGCUCGUCGCCAAGUCGUACGCUCGCCUGCUCUACCACGACUACCUCGCCGAUGCCGACUCACCCGUCUUCGCCGAGGUCGCCCCCGAGCUCCGCGACAUGGACUACGAGAAGUCGCUGACCGACAAGGUCGUCGAGAAGACCUUCAUGGGUCUCACCAAGAAGAAGUACCAGGAGAGAGUCGCUCCUGGUGCCCAGGUCGCCACUCUCCUCGGCAACAUGUACUGCGGUUCCGUUUGGGGCGGUAUUGCCAGCUUGCUCUCCUACGUUGACGCUGCCACUCUCAAGGACAAGCGCGUUGGUGUCUUCAGCUACGGCUCCGGUCUGGCUGCUAGCUUCCUGUCUUUCCGCAUCAACGGAGACGUCACUCCUCUCGCCAAGGUGCUCGACAUUCCCGCCAGACUCGAGGCCCGCACCAAGCUUGCCCCCGAGACCUACGAGGCUUUCUGCGACCUCCGCCACCAGGCUCACCUCCAGAAGGACUUCACCCCCAAGGGUGACGCUUCUACCAUCACUCCUGGUACAUACUACCUGGAGAAGGUUAACGACAAGUUCCAGCGUUCCUACAGCGUCAAGGCAUGA